CUGUUGCUUUACUGCGUGUAUUAUUCACGUAUACACAAGUAACACACACAAAUUGCUUACAUCAGUUAUUGAGAAUUCCCAAAAUUUCUCUUAUUUGCUAAAUCAUAUCUGCAAAUAAGCUUUUGUUUUGUUCCUUUUUAUCACCGAUCUGAUUGGUGGAGUUGAUAUCGUUGACACUUUCUGCUUCCAUUUGAUGAGAAGGAGAUCGAUUGUUCAAAGGAAUCAUCAUCAAUGGCUGCACCGGUUAAUAUUAUUGUAGGUUCACAUGUAUGGGUUGAGGAUCCUGCUUUAGCAUGGAUUGAUGGCGAAGUAGUCCGAAUUAAUGGUCAGGAGCUUCAUGUUAAUACCACAGAUGGGAAGACGGUUAUCAGAAACUUCUCAAAAGUUUUUCCCAAAGAUACUGAAGCCCCUGCAGGUGGUGUAGAUGACAUGACCAGGCUUUCAUAUUUGCAUGAACCAGGAGUGCUGCAAAACUUGUCUACCAGAUAUGAGCUUAAUGAAAUAUAUACAUAUACCGGGAACAUUCUAAUUGCGAUAAAUCCGUUUCAAAGAUUACCUCAUCUCUAUGAUACACAUAUGAUGGAGCAAUAUAAAGGGGCAGCAUUUGGAGAACUUAGCCCUCAUGUUUUUGCAGUUGCAGAUGUUGCAUACAGGGAGAUGAUCAAGGAAGGAAAAAGCAACUCAAUUUUGGUCAGUGGAGAAAGUGGUGCUGGUAAGACUGAAACAACAAAGAUGCUCAUGAGAUAUCUCGCACAUUUAGGUGGUCGUACCGGAGUAGAAGGUCGGACAGUUGAACAACAAGUCCUGCAAUCCAAUCCAGUACUCGAAGCAUUUGGCAACGCAAAAACUGUUAGGAACAACAAUUCAAGUCGUUUUGGGAAGUUUGUCGAGAUACAGUUUGAUAAGAGUGGGAGGAUAUCAGGGGCAGCCAUCAGAACUUAUCUUCUUGAGAGAUCUCGUGUUUGUCAGAUAUCAAAUCCUGAAAGAAACUACCAUUGCUUUUAUCUUCUUUGUGCGGCACCACCUGAGGACAGAGAGAAGUUUAAACUUGAAAGCCCUCAGUCAUAUCAUUACUUAAAUCAGUCAAAAUCAUACGAGCUUGAGGGAGUAAAUGAUGCUCAUGAAUAUAUUGCUACAAGAAGGGCCAUGGAUAUUCUCGGAAUCAGUGGAGAAGAACAGGAGGCAAUAUUCAGGGUAGUGGCUGCAAUUCUUCAUCUUGGUAACAUCGAGUUUGCAAAGGGACAUGAAAUUGACUCUUCGGUCAUUAAAGAUGAGAAGUCUAGGUUCCAUCUGAAUAUAACAGCUGAAUUGCUUAUGUGUGAUGCUAAGAGCUUAGAGGAUGCAUUGAUCAAGCGUGUAAUGGUGACACCUGAGGAAGUUAUUACAAUGAUUCUUGAUCCUGAAGCUGCACUGGGUAGUAGGGAUGCUUUGGCUAAAACAAUCUACUCUCGCUUGUUUGACUGGAUUGUGGAGAAACUAAACAGCUCAAUCGGACAAGAUCCAAACUCAAAAUCACUAAUUGGCGUUCUUGACAUAUAUGGGUUUGAGAGUUUUAAGCACAACAGUUUUGAGCAGUUCUGCAUCAAUUUUACAAAUGAAAAACUACAACAACACUUUAACCAGCAUGUGUUUAAAAUGGAACAAGAAGAGUACACAAAGGAAGCAAUAAAUUGGAGCUACAUAGAGUUUGUUGAUAACCAAGAUGUUUUGGAUCUUAUUGAAAAGAAACCUGGAGGGAUCAUUUCACUUCUAGAUGAAGCAUGCAUGUUCCCCAAGUCUACUCAUGAAACUUUUGCUCAAAAGCUAUACCAGACAUUUGCAAAGAACAAGCGCUUCAUCAAACCCAAGCUUUCUCGCACUAGUUUUACCAUAUCUCAUUAUGCUGGGGAGGUGAAUUAUUUAGCUGAUCAGUUUCUAGACAAAAACAAGGAUUAUGUGGUGGCAGAACAUCAAAGCUUGUUAACUGCCUCAAAGUAUCCAUUUGUUGUUGGUCUAUUUCCUCCACUUCCUGAAGCAUCGUCCAAAUCAUCCAAAUUUUCCUCCAUUGGUACACGGUUUAAGCUACAGCUUCAUUCUCUAAUGGAAACCUUGAGUUCAACUGAACCUCACUACAUUAGAUGUGUGAAGCCAAACAACGUUCUCAAGCCUGCUAUCUUUGAGAACCUAAACAUCAUCCAACAACUGCGCUGUGGUGGUGUUCUGGAGGCGAUCAGGAUAAGUUGUGCUGGUUAUCCUACCAGGCGAACAUUUUACGAAUUUCUUCUUCGUUUUGGUGUUCUAGCUCCUGAUGUUUUGGAUGGAAACUAUGAUGAGAAGAUAGCAUGCCAGAUGAUUCUGGAUAAAAUGGGAUUGAAAGGUUACCAGAUUGGUAAAACAAAGGUGUUUCUACGAGCAGGUCAAAUGGCUGAACUCGAUACAAGGAGAGUAGUGGUUCUUGGGGAUGCAGCUAAGGUUAUUCAAAGGCAAAUUCGCACCUAUAUUGCCCGCAAGGAAUAUAUCUUAAUACGCGAAGCUGCUAUCCAGUUGCAGUCGUGUUGGCGAGGCCUAUCAGCUAGCAAGCAACUUGAUAAACUGCGAAGAGAAGCUGCUGCGGUCAAGAUUCAGAAGGAUUUCCGGUGUUUUGUUGCUAGCAAAUCGUAUCUAACACUUAGGAUGUGUGUCAUCACAUUGCAGACAGGGUUGAGAGCAACGACUGCUCGUGAUGAGUUUAGAUACCGAAAACAAACUAAGGCUGCAACUUUCAUACAGGUUCACUUCCGUCGCUAUAGUGCAUAUUCUUACUACAUGAGUCUCCGGAAGGCUGCAAUAGUUACUCAAUGUGGUUGGAGGCAAAGAGUUGCCAGGAAAGAGCUUCGGAUUCUCAAAAUGGCAGCAAGGGAGACAGGGGCCCUCAAAGAGGCAAAAGACAAACUAGAAAAGCGUGUGGAAGAACUUACAUGGCGUUUGCAGCUGGAAAAGAGACUAAGAAGUGAAUUGGAACAGACGAAAAUACAGGAAACUGCAAAGCUGCAGGAUGCAUUGCGUAUGAUGCAAAUCCAAAUAGAUGAAGCAAAUGCUAAAGUAAUUGAAGAGCGUGAAGCAGCACAGAAAGCUAUUGAAGAUGCUCCUCCAGUGGUUAAGCAAACACCGGUUAUAGUUCAGGAUACAGAAAAGGUUGACACCUUGACAGCAGAGAUCAAAAGUUUAAAGGCUUUGCUGCUAAACCAAAAACAGACGGCUGAAGAGGCGAGGAAGUCUUACAUAGAAGCUGAUGCCAGGAAUGCGGAGCUAAUAAGAAAACUUGAAGAUGCAGAAAAAAGAGCAGACCAGCUUCAGGAAUCCACACGGAGGCUUGAAGAGAAGCUCUCCAAUAUAGAGUCGGAGAAUCAAGUACUUCGCCAACAAGCACUGAUCAUGUCACCUACUGGAAAAUCCAUACCUCCACGGCCAAGGACAACUUUUUUUCAGAGAACACUGGAGAAUGGGAACAUCCAAAAUGGCGAAGCAAGGCCUACUACACCUGAAAUGUCGAUUGUUCUAUCAAAUACGAGGGAACCUGAAUUAGAGGAGAAGCCACAAAAGUCUCUUAACGAAAAGCAACAAGAGAACCAGGAUCUACUUAUCAAGUGUAUUUCACAAGAUCUAGGAUUACACGGCGGCAAACCUGUUGCUGCUUGUGUUAUAUACAAGUGCCUUUUGCACUGGAGGUCAUUUGAAGUUGACCGAACAACUGUAUUUGAUCGCAUAAUCGAAACCAUUGCUUCCGCCAUAGAGGUCCACGAUAAUAAUGAUGUUUUAGGCUACUGGUUGUGCAAUACAUCCACAUUGUUGACGCUGCUUCAACACACCCUUAAAGCAAGUGAAGCAGCUAGUAUGACUCCACAAAGGCGGAGGUCAUCAGCCUCUCUUUUUGGAAGGAUGUCCUCCCAGGGGUUACGAGCAUCUCCUCAGAGUGGUGGCCUUCCAUAUCUUAGUGGCCAAAUUCUUGGUAGACUGGAUGAUUUACGACAGGUGGAGGCCAAAUAUCCUGCUUUGUUGUUCAAGCAGCAACUUACAGCAUUUCUUGAAAAGAUAUAUGGAUUAAUACGGGAUAAUCUGAAGAAAGAAAUAUCUCCGUUAAUAGGAUCAUGCAUCCAGGUUCCUAGGACAUCACGUGCAAGUUUGGUGAAAGGGCGAUCCCAAGCUAAAGGUGUGGCUCAGCAAGCGGUGAAUGCUCAUUGGCAAAGCAUUGUAAAAAGCUUAGAUAGUUGCUUGAAGAUAAUGAAAGCAAACUAUGUGCCCUCUUUCUUGGUGCGCAAUAUAUUCACACAAAUAUUCUCAUUUAUCAAUGUUCAGCUAUUCAACAGCCUUCUAUUGCGACGUGAAUGCUGCUCAUUCAGCAACGGGGAAUACGUGAAGUCAGGAUUAGCUGAAUUAGAACAAUGGUGUUUUUAUGCAACAGAGGAAUAUGCAGGCUCAGCUUGGGAUGAGUUAAAGCAUAUCAGACAGGCAGUCGGAUUCUUGGUUAUACAUCAGAAGCCCAGGAAAACGUUGAAAGAAAUAACCAAUGAACUUUGUCCUGUGCUCAGCAUACAGCAGCUAUACCGAAUUAGUACGAUGUAUUGGGAUGACAAAUACGGUACACACAGUGUAUCUUCAGAUAUCAUUUCCAAAAUGAGAGUUAUGAUGACGGAGGACUCAAACAAUUCUGUUAGCACUUCAUUUUUGCUAGAUGAUGAUUCCAGCAUCCCAUUCUCUGUGGAUGAUAUCUCCAAGUCAAUGCCACGAGUAGAAAUAGCCGACAUUGAACCUCCACUGUUGAUUCGUGAAAACUCGGGUUUCGUAUUCUUGCAUCAACGGAAAGAGUGAUGAAGAUGUAUGAUGAUUUGCAACUCUUUUGAUGGCAAGUCUGCAUAUUCAUCAGGUUGGAACCUGUGAAUACAGACAGUUGUUGUUGGUCCAUUUAACAAGGUAUGUACUAUACUUCUCCCACUCAUUUUUUUGUUGGGAUCAAUUCAUUUUGUUCCUUCUAAGCCUUUGGGUAGGUAAAGGGGAUUAUUCUUUAGUUAUCAUAGUUA